CUGUUUUUCGCUGAUCUGAUCUGAUCCCCGAUCCGUCUGUGUACCCUCUGUAACUGUACCUGCUCCACUCCACACUCCACCCACGCACUCCAUUCCCGCCCAAUUCCUCCCGCCACGCCUCUCUCCCACAACAUCUCUCUCCCGCGACCGCCUGCAAAGCCUUGCAAUCUGACCUCCCUUGUAGUGCCUUUGUUUCUUGCUGCCCGCUGACCCGCCAACCCCCCGGCUCUGCUGCCCUCCAUACCCUCGACUGCACACCGAAACCGCCCUCGCUGCACCCCCGGCCUGCUUUACCGCUCUGCGACCUCGUCGCUGAAACACUGGCACCCCCUCGCCGCCAGCACUCCUGUACCUUUCCACCUCGACCCUUUGCUACCUGCCUGCCUCGCAAGUCCACCCUCUCGGUGCAACCUCAAACUUUGCCCGUCACCCUUCUCCGCCGCUUGUGCGACUUCCCACCUGCAGUCUACUCACACCCUUCCCGGAACCUCGCCCACUACUACUACUACAAUACCUCUCCUCUCCCUCCCCCUCGACCGCCUCGAGAGGAAUCACCGGGGACCAUGGAUAAUUCUCUCGACCAAAGCGGAGGAGGAGGAGGCUAUUUCGGCUUGAGGUCCGAAGCAGACGCUUCGUCUCCCUCUUCGGCAAGACCGGAGCCCAUUCAAGUGCGCAAGCAGUCACGCAUGUCCCGAUCUCAAGCGCCGCGACCCAUUAUCACUCCUACGAGCCCCAGCCCUCUACCCUCGACCAUUUCCCACGCUUUGCCCUCUGCACCGGCAUCCCCGCCCACUCCAGCGCCCUCGCCAACCCCCACCCAGCGCGCUCUCGACUGGAGCACCGCCGCCGAACAUGAAGACUCAAACAUCAAGGAUAUACGGUCGCUGUUUGGUAACAUGAGUCGGCCGGAGCGUCUGCGACUGUUGGGGGAGCUUUUGAACCAGUGCGGCAGCCACGAACUGAGUUUCGUCGCCGAAUUUGUCAGCCCGAGAUUAAAGAAGGAUCCCUUCAUGGUUCUGCCCACCGAACUGUGUCUACGAAUCCUGGAAUGCGUAGACGACCCGACCACUCUCGUCCGAGCCUCCAUGGUUUCCCAAAAGUGGCGCGAUAUGGUCAACGACGAUGGCGCGUGGAGAGCAUUGUGCCGCAAGUUUUCGUUCCGUGGGCUGCCGAGACCUGAGCGCUUCGAGGAAGAUGAGCCAGGGACGUCAGAGUGGGAUGCUUCAGAGACACAAUGGCUGCACCCUAGCCGAGCUUCACGCAUAGAGGACGCUACGAUGAAGGAACAGAUGGACGGCGCAUCGAGCACUACGAGCGAAGGUCUGCGGACACAGAGUCUGGACCGAGCAGUGAAAAGCCCAUUGGCACAGCGGAGACCGAAGGCUGCCACAUACCGGUCGCACUUCAAAGCCAGGUACAUGGUCGAGACCGCCUGGCGACAAGGAGGACUCUGCGAUUCCCGCCAGAUCACACCUGACCAAGGAGUCGUUACGAGCCUGCACCUCACCAAGAAAUACAUUGUCGUGGCUCUUGACAAUGCCAAAAUACACGUCUUCGACACACUUGGGAAUCACCAGAGGACACUCCAAGGUCACGUCAUGGGCGUGUGGGCGAUGGUCCCUUGGGGCGAUCUGCUGGUCAGUGGUGGCUGUGAUCGAGAUGUGCGGGUGUGGAAUCUUGAGAACGGUACCUCGGUGCACACGCUCCGUGGGCACACAUCAACUGUGCGGUGUCUGAAAAUGUCCGACUCGAAGACGGCAAUCUCGGGUUCGCGAGACACGACUCUCAGGGUGUGGGAUCUUGAAAGGGGUGCUUGUAAGCAUGUCUUGGUAGGCCACCAGGCUAGUGUGAGGUGCCUCGAGAUCCAUGGUGAUAUUUGUGUGUCUGGCAGCUACGACACAACGGCCAAGAUCUGGAGUAUCUCGAGCGGCAAGUGUCUGCGCACACUCACGGGUCACUUCAGUCAAAUCUAUGCCAUUGCUUUUGACGGGAAGAAGAUUGCGACGGGAAGUUUGGAUACCAGUGUCAGGAUAUGGGAUCCAACCGACGGGAAAUGCUUGGCUGUGCUGCAAGGUCACACUUCGCUCGUUGGCCAGCUUCAGAUGCGUGACGACAUUCUCGUCACCGGCGGGUCCGAUGGAUCGGUGCGAGUAUGGAGUCUCGCCGACUAUCAGGCUAUUCAUCGACUGGCAGCGCACGAUAAUAGCGUUACUAGCCUGCAAUUCGAUAAUUCUAGGAUCGUCAGCGGAGGCUCGGACGGUCGGGUCAAGGUCUGGGAUUUGAAGAAAGGAACUCUGGUGCGCGAGCUCUCGCAGCCAGCCGAAGCCGUGUGGCGCGUCGUCUUCGAGGAAGAGAAGGCUGUCAUUAUGGCGUUGCGGGCUAGUCGGACCAUCAUGGAGGUGUGGAAUUUUUCGCCUCCAGAUGAAGCCAUCGAGGAGUUACGCUCCGUCAGUCCAUUGAGCAUGCCCGAUCACCCCGACUUCGACUACAAUCGCCCACAAUCUGCGGCCUUGCCGUCAGCGACAAUAUCAACACCCGCGCUGCCGCUCCCCCUGCCGUCGGCGGAAGAGGAUCGCAGUGAUGUCACCAUGUCUGAUGCCACUGAAGCUUAG